CGGGAGCCGGGCAUCUCAGCCCGUCGUUGCCACACGCCGGAUCCCGAGUUAGAGAGCUCCCCGCCAGUCCCGGAGCCCCACAGCCCUGGACGUUUCAUCUGAGAGGCAAGCUCCCUCUCAGGCGGCUCAUCGCCCGAGUCUCUUCUUCCUCCUGGUUACAGAAACCCGCCUCGGACGCUGACACUUGCUCUCUGGGAAAUGUAGUCCAGUCUAAAAGGCCGACAGACAUGGCGGAAGUGGCUGGGGGAGGUUAUUCCGGAUCAUCCCAGUGCCCUACCUGACCUAAGCGGUGUCUUCGCCGACCGUGCUCGCCCGUCUCGGUCGUCGCUGGCUGGGCGGUGGCGGCCGAUGCUCGUGAGUUCUGCAGUUUUCCAGAGUGCCCUGAGAGCUGAGAAGUAUGGCUAUUGUGGAUGUAAACACUGUGUUCAAGGAGUUGGUGGUGUUCAGGGAUGUGACGAUCGAGUUCUCUAAAGAAGAGUGGGAAUACCUGGGUCCUGCUCAGAGAUCUUUAUACAAAGAUGUGAUGUUGGAGACCUACAGCAACUUCGUGUCACUGGGACUUGUUGUUUCUAAGCCAUCAGUAAUUUUCCUGUUGGAGCAAGGAAAAGAACCCUGGAUGUCUGAGCAAGCAGGAUGGAUUCCAGAUUUGCUGUCUGUAAAUGAAACCAAGAAGUUAUCUCUAGGGAAUGGCAUUUUUGAAAAGGAAUCAUUAAAAUGGAAAAUAAUGGAAAAAGUCAGUAGUUCUUGCUUUGAAGAAUCUUGCUUUGGAAAUGAUUGGAAAUGCAAGAAGCUCUUUGAGACACAACCAGAGUCUACAGAGGAUUAUUUACAGCAUGUGACAGUCCCAUUUGAAAAAAUAUCAACUGAAAUUACUCAACCAACACCCCUUGUCCUAAAUGAAAUAAUUCAUACUGGAACAAAAAGCUAUGAACACAAAAUACAUGAAAACAUCACUGAACAGGAUCAUACCAGUGACAAACUUAAUGGCAUGUAUGAGAGCGCCUUUGCGUAUUACACAGAUCAAAUGAAGCACCCAGAGAAUUUUACUGGAGAGAAGUCUGAACUGAAGGAAUGUGGCAGAGAAUUUGCUUAUGAUUUCCAGCUUGCUCCAUACCAGAUAAACAAGAAGCCCUAUCAGUGUCAGAUAUGUGGAAAGCUCUUUAAAAAGCAUGCCUCCCUCGUUCAGCAUAAUCGAUUUCAUACUGGUGAGAAGCCUUGUGAAUGCAAAGAAUGUGGGAAAGCCUUUACAAACUGCUCACUACUUGUUCAACACCAAAGAGUUCACACUGAUGAGAAACCCUAUGAAUGUAAGCACUGUGGGAAGGCAUUUCUCUACUUUUCAACAUUUUUUCAACAUCAGAGAACACAUACUAAUGAGAAACCUUAUGAAUGUCAUAAAUGUCAGAAGGCCUUUAACAAGAGUGCAAAUCUAACUAGACAUCAAAGAAUUCACAGUGGUGAGAAACCCUAUGAAUGUAAUUUAUGUGGAAAGACUUUUACGUGGGCUUCAAACUUGAAUGAUCAUCAGAAAAUUCACACUGGUGAAAAACCCUAUGAGUGUAAUUAUUGUGAGAAGGCUUUUCUCUGUCAUUCAGCAUUUAUGAAACACUAUAGAACUCAUACUAAUGAGAAACCUUACCAGUGUCAGGAAUGUAUGAAGGCCUUUAGGCAGAAAGCACAUCUCAUUCAACAUCAGAGAGUCCAUACUGGUGAAAAACCUUAUGAAUGUAAGGAAUGUGGGAAGGCCUUUGCUUGUCCUUCCUACUUUAAUAGACAUCAGAGAAUUCACACUGGUGAGAGGCCAUAUGAAUGUAAAGAAUGUGGGAAGGCCUUUAUUGACUGUAAAACUCUUAUUCUUCACCAGAGAAUUCACACUGGUGAGAAACCUUUUCAAUGUCAACAAUGUAGCAAGGCCUUUAGGCAGAGGUCCCAUCUUACUCAACAUCAAAGAAUUCAUACUGGUGAGAAACCUUAUGAAUGUAAGGAAUGUGGGCAGGCCUUUACUCGUCUUUUACAGGUAAAAAAGCACCAGAGAAUACAUACCAUGGGGGAAAUUCUAUGUAUUUGAAUAUCAUUUAUUUAAUGGCCCUUAUUAAGCAUCUUCACAUACAUAUAGAAAAAAAAUGGAUAAUAACCAGAACAGUCAUCCUUUUCAGUGACAGAAUCUGAAAUGGGGAGAAGCCUUACAAAAGUGAUGUAGGUGGAACAGCCUGCUCUCACUGUACUCAACACUAUAAUUUAUAAUAUAAUAGGAAACCCUUGAUAUUUUUCCAAGCUAUCCAUUAUGGAACAACAGUUUUCAAGAGAAGAACAUGCAACAACUAAAUUACUUUUGCUUCAUAACCCACAAUUUCCUUAGUAUCAUAAUUUACACAGGAAUAAUAGAAAUUAAAUUAUUAAUAAAAUACUGUUAAGUAGAACAGUUAUAUUCUGUAGACAGCAAAAUGUAGAGAAUAAUCAUGAUUUUCUCAAUGUAGAAAAGCUUUUACCUAUAAUAUGAAUUAUUUUCAGCAUCUUGGUAGCCUUGCCAUUUGUUAUUUGUCUUUUAUUACCAAGUAAUUUCAACUCUGUGUGCUUUGGAUUACUGGUUUUUAAUUGUGUAGUAAUGUUAUUGUGAAGAUUUACCAAAUUCAGGAAAAAAAAAAAAAAAAAGACCUUUGGAAUAGUUACUAACAAAUAGGAACUAUUAGUAAAUAUUAGGUAUCAUCCUUGUUAAAAUCUUUUGCUAUUUUUGGAGCAUUUCAUAUAAUUUUUAGCCUAAUGAGUUUUAUUAAUGACAACUAUUGUCAUUGUCAUAGCUUGUCCCAUAUGAAAUCUAUGACAAUUUAUCCUAAAAUGAAAAUUAUUGGAAUGUAGCAUAAGGAGAUACUCAUUUAAACUUAAGUUGUAUCAGAAAAUUUACAAUAGAAAGACACUAUAUGGAUUUAGUUAAAAAAAUUUUUAGAGUAAGGUGAUAUGAGAAGUGUCUACACAUUUUCUUAAAGUAAAUCAGGACAAUUGGACACCAAAAAGGUGAAUAAAAACAACUUAAAAUUUUUAUAAGAUUUUUUAAAAUUUUUAUUUAUUUAUUUAUUAGAGACAGAGAGAGUGAGAAUGGGCUCACCAGGCCCUCUAGCCACUGCAAACAAACU